CCACCCUCCUUGUCAAUCUCCAUGCCAAAAUUUAAUCUUUAAAAAGACAUGAUUAGGGUAAUAGAGUUAAGGAAAAGGCUGAAAUAAAACAAAAGCAGGGAUUAGGGCUGUAUAAUACGAAGCCCAAUAGAAAGAGAGACCAACAAAAAACCUUUUGUCUCCGACUAAAAGAUCAGAUCCAAAAUAAGAAGAUCCAUUGCCGUCGCCCCAUCCCCAACUACACUUGCGAUUUGAAGCACCUGAUUGGUCCGAACAACUCACCCACCCAGUCAAAACUCGCCAACUCGCCCUUAUUUAUAUACUCACCAACUCCCUCCCUCUGUUUUACUUUGACUGAAGAUUCAUUUCUUUUUUUCUUUUAGGGUUAAUUAGUUUUAGUGAAGGAAAAAAUAAAUCUAGAUCAUGUUUUUGUUCGAUUGGUUCUAUGGGAUUCUUGCCUCCCUCGGUCUAUGGCAUAAAGAGGCCAAGAUCUUGUUUUUAGGGCUUGAUAAUGCUGGCAAAACCACGCUGCUUCACAUGCUCAAAGAUGAGAGAUUAGUUCAGCAUCAGCCAACACAGCAUCCCACAUCAGAGGAAUUGAGCAUUGGGAAAAUCAAGUUUAAAGCUUUUGAUUUGGGAGGCCAUCAGAUUGCUCGAAGAGUUUGGAAAGAUUACUACGCCAAGGUGGAUGCAGUUGUUUACCUGGUAGAUGCUUACGACAAGGAGAGGUUUGCUGAGUCGAAAAAGGAGUUGGAUGCUCUCCUCUCUGAUGAAUCUUUGGCUAAUGUUCCAUUCUUGAUAUUGGGUAACAAGAUCGAUAUACCAUAUGCUGCCUCGGAAGAUGAGUUGCGUUAUCACCUUGGCCUGACCAAUUUCACCACAGGCAAGGGUAAGGUCAAUUUGGGAGACUCCAAUGUUCGUCCCCUCGAGGUAUUCAUGUGUAGCAUUGUCCGAAAAAUGGGUUAUGGAGAUGGUUUCAAGUGGGUAUCUCAGUACAUUAAGUAGGUAGCUAAAGAGAAAUCAGACAUGCUAUGCUUUCUUUCUUAAUGUUAUUUUUAUACUGGAUUUAGUUGGGUUAUCCCUUUCACUUUUUCUUCCAUUUUUGUUUGAAUUGGUAAGCAUACCUCCCCUCUACGAAACAAUGAGACAUAUAAGUAAUUGAUGAUUUGGGUUAA